UAGUAGUAAUAGCAGCAGCAGCAGCAGAAGGAGAAGAAAGAAUAAGGAGACGACGAGGACGGCAGAAGAGAAGCGAGAAAGAGGAAAUGUGAGAGGAAAAAAACCACGGACAGAGACAGAGAGAGAGAGAGGGGGAGAUAUUGGAGGAGGAGUAGUAGGACGAGGAGUGGUAGUAGUAGGAGGAGGAAUAAGAAAGCCAGAAAACGAAGAACAACUAAAGAGAACUACAAGUAAUAACAAUAAUAAUAAUAAUAAUAAACAGAGAGAGAGAGAGAAACAAAAAAGGAAACCAAGCUGGCGACCAACGAUUCUAGUUUUGCCGCUGAGUCGGUUCCAAGCAGAGGAAAUUUCACAGCAACCAUGAAAAGUAGCGGCGCUGCAUCGCCCGGUACAACCAAUAUUACAAACAACAAUAAUAAUAAUAAUAAUAAUAAUACUACAACUACUACUACUUCUUCCACGACGGCCCUGAGCCCAAACAGUAGUAGUAGUAGUAGCAGUAGUAGUAACAACAACAACAACAACAACAACAAUAAUAAUAAUAGUUGUAAUAACAACAGUGAAGAUAACAACAACAACAAGAACAACAACAACAAUAAUAAUAAUAAUAAUAAUAAUAAUAAUAAUAGUAAUCGUAAUAAUAGUAAUAAUAAUAAUGGUGGCGUCCAGAGCAACCGAAAUGGCAUUAAUGGUAAACGCAAUGGAUAUAUGAAAUUAAAUAUUUGUCCAGCUACAGGAGGUCAAAUUGAGGUAAAUGUACCAGAGAAGGAAACGGUAGCGGGACUUAAAUGGAAUUUGUCGAGGAAAUUCAGAAUUUCUACAGAAAAAAUGACUCUACUUUUCAAAGACCGGAAACUCUUGGAGAAUCUUUGGAGUAUUUUGCACAUCCUCUCUGUACCAUUAAUCAAUUGGAUUUGGAGAAUACAACCCAGCUUAUGUAGUUCUCUGUUGGAUAAUGCCAGCAUUUCCAAACCUUUUUUUGUAAAACUGUUGUUUCAUAGCCCCUAAACGAGAAUCUAUUACAAAGACACAAGAGCUGUAAGUUUUCCAUUAGUUCACCUCAGUUCUUUUUCCUCAGCUUAAGAUGUGAUGUUCCCAUCUGCUGAGCAACUGACCUCUACAGCUUGCAUUUUAGUAUGAGGUAGGUAUCUCCUUUUCUUGUAAGUGAUAUCUUCCACUCUAGUUUGGUACAGUCAACAUUUUCUAUCACAACUGGGAGGUUUAGAGAUCUCCAUGUGUCUUCUUUGUUGAUCAGAUAUAUCAUUCUUAGUUGGAUGUGGUUUUAUCUAUCACAAGCUCAAGAAGGCUACUGGUCUUAUUAAUAUUGUUGAAAUACAUGAAUAGAAACAUAAACAAACUAACAUUUAUUUUAUAAGCUUUGAAAUAUGUAUUGUAUGAUACAAAAUUAAACGCUAAUUUAUUUUCGAAUGCAGAAACACCGUUAGAUCAGCAGAAUCAUUGGGUAAAUUUCCCAAACAAAGAGAUAACAUUUGUCAACAACCAGAAAAUGUUUUUGCUUUGUAAGGGUAAUUUACCCAAUAUUUGUGCAGGGUGUGUGUGUGUGGAGGCACAAUGGCCCAGUGGUUAGGGCAGCAGACUCACAGUUUUGAUUCCCAGACCGGACAUUGUGAGUGCUUAUUGAGUGAAAACACUUAAAGCUCCGAAAGGCUCAAGCAUGGUGUGGUGGUGAACCCUGCUGUACUCUUUCAUCACAACUUUCUCUCACUCUUUCUUCCUGUUUCUGUUGUACCUGUAUUUCAAACUUUGUGUCACGCUGAAUAUCCCUGAGAACUACGUUAAGGGUACACGUGUCUGUGGAUCACUCAGCCACUUGCACAUUAAUUUCACGAGCAGCCUGUUCCGUUGAUCGGAUCAACUGGAACCCUUGUUGUCACAACCGACCAAGUGCCAUAGACAGGAUGAGCAUUCAUGCAUGACUUUCCAUUCACAUGAUUGACCAGCUUCUGUUCAAGCUGGUUAGUUCACUAAUCCUUGAGUGACAUAAAACAGCUAGCUGUACUCUGAGAGUUCCUAAGCAAGAAUUAUUUCUCUUCUGUUGAGUACACAGAUGAUGUACUCAUUUCUCUUUUUCUGCUCAAUAAGAGUUGUGGGAAUGAAAAUGGUUGAACUUGCAAAGGCCAAUGAGUUGUUUGAAUAUACUUUAAUGCCUCUACCUCCAUCCAUCUAUCUAACAAGCAUCCUGCUGAUGUCACACUUAAUAUGGAAGUUACCAGUGGUGGUUUGUAUCCUGCCCCCUCCAAAUCUUGAUGUACAAAUUGUAGAUCUCUUCAAGUACUUAUGUAGAUAUGUGUUUGCAUCAUUAUAAACAUGUGCAUGCAUAAAUGUAUAAAAUGUGCAUAUAUAUAUAUAUAUAUGUGUGUGUGUGUGUGUGUGUGUGUGUAUUUAUCUGAAUAAAUUCUGUACAAAAACAUAACCUCAAAUUUAAUCAAUAAAAAACUUCACCAGAACACCUCUCCAUUGUAGCCCACUUAUCAACCUAAUUAACAUCCAGCUGAACCUCACAAACUCCCCAAAAUUCUAUUGUAACUGCAUAAAACCAAGAUUAGCUUAAUGUGUCAGUUAAUGAUGGCUGAAUAUUCGCAGCCACUGUCAAUACCAUUCUUGUUGAAGAAUAAUAAAUUUGUACUCUAUUAAGCAACCGUUCAGAUACAUGGAAAUUGUUUUUAUUAUUAGAUUGUCUGAAAAAUUCUGAGCGUUUUUACGCUAAAUCAGGUAAUGCUUCAUUGAACACACCUGAAAUGUAACACAGUUGAAACUUUGGUGUUGCUUGAAGUGGAAGUGCAUGUCUUCUUUGUUCCUGACUAAAAAUAGAUUUAUCUUUCAUUCCGGUUACCAUUUAUUGACGUUUGAAAUGGAGAACCAAAAAUGUCAUAACAAUAUUGUUAAAGCUCUCUCAAAUCACAGCCUGUCUUCUUCAGUGAAAAAAGAGGGGACACUUGGAUUUACAUACUCUUGGAUCAAGAAAAAGACUGGACAGUCAUGGCUGAAACGCCUUUGGCCAUGGGUCAGUUUGAUCUGGACUGAGAGGUUCUAAACAUUACCAGCAACAACAACAACAACAACAACAACAACAACAACAACAACAACAGCAACCAAGAACACAUUGGUCAGUGUAGCCCUGACUGCACAAAUGCACAAGAUAGUCAUGGUUGGAACGAACAACAACAACAACAACAACAGUUAUUGGGUGAUGGAUUGACAGAAUUGUUUGGGCUUUGGACAAAAUGCCUUGUGGUAUUUGUCCAAUGUCGUUGAGCUCUGAGUUCAGUUAUUUCCACGGUUGAUAAAAUGAAGCUGAUGUGUAAAUGACUAAAACCCUCCCCUCAAAAUUGCCAGCCAUGCACCUAAAUUAGAAAUCCCCCCUCAUCAUCAUCAUCAUCACACCACCGCCACCACCAUCAUUGUCAUCAUUCUCAUCGUCGUCAUCAUCAUCAUCAUCAUCAUCAUCAUCACUAUCAUCAUUAUUAGUAUUAUUUUGAAGGUCGUUAGUAUGCUGAAUCAAAAUACUUGCCGGCAUUUCGCCCAUCUUUAGAUCCCUGAGUUCAAAUCCUUCCGAGGUCGACUUCAGCUUUCGUCCUUUCAGGGUUGAUUAAACAAAUACCAGUCGAGUAUUGGUUCUCAGCUCAAAAAGGUGAUCCCCACUUCUGUACUCAGCUCAAAGCUUAGAACGCAACCCCUGAUAUCAGCAGCAGAGCCCAACAGCAUUUGCUGGUAUACCUCAACCACAUCAUGCUGGUUCCAUACCCCUUUGAGCAACAUCAAAUUCACUCAUCCGUCCACAAACACUCUCCAAGCUUUCCUAUCAUUAAUAAUCUCUCUUGCCUUUCUCACUCCAACACCUCCAACCACCAAAGCUUUCCUCACUCCCAUCCAUCCACACAAGAUGUAUUUGUAGACUGGAGAAUUACACUUGAGAAGGACCAUUUGCUUUUAGUAUUUAUUAUUAUUAUUAUUAUUUUUGUGGAGUUACCUGAUUGGCCCAGCUGGAGCUCUUCUUCAACAAGGCAGGCCGUAGUGUCCAAAGUGUUCAUGUAUACUUUGUAUUACAUCCUGUUCUUUUUCCCUCUCUUUUCUGCCCCUUCAUCCACUUUUAUAUAAAUCUCUGACCAAUACAGCCUGUCUUUAUUUUGUCCCUUUUAUCCUUUGCUUUAUUGAUUUUGGCUCUCUGCUUUCUGUGUUCAAAUCCCACCACGGUGAACUUCACCUUUCAUCCAUCUGGAAGUCAAUAAAAUCAGUUAACUGUCAAGUACUGAGGUCAGUGGCAUCGACUAAUCACCACUACUCAAAACCACUGGCCUUGGGCUUAAACCAGAAGCCGUAAUUAUUGUCAUUAUUUAUUUAUUUAUUCAUCCAUCCAUACACCGAGUGUUAAGUGAUCAUAGGUAUCGGUCAAUGGGUUGUUUCGGUAAUUUGUUGUUUUGAAAUGUGGACAAUGUGUUGUUAUCAACCCCCAGAUGGACGAGGAGAAAAAUCUACUCUGGUCUGAUUUGAACUUCUAUAAUUUCUUCCUCUUUUUCCUCCUCCUCGUCUUCAUCAUCAUUAUCAUCAUCAUCAUCAUCACCACCACCACCACCAUCAUCAUCAUCAUCAUCAUCAUCAUCAUCAUCAUCAACGACGACCUCCUCAUCAACGCUACCAUCCCAUCAUGAUGUUUGUGGUGAUGAUGAAGAUGAUGAAAUCAGAUAUUAUUAAUCUGACCAUCUUCAAUAAAGUUAGGAUUGGAACGCCGAAAUACAUAUUUUUCCUGUGGAAGCAGGGUAGGAUGUGGGGGACGUGGUGGUGGUGGUGCUGGGUGGGGCGCAGAGCGUGGUUGGUGGUGAGUCAGUGGCAUUCGUAGCAAUCCUCAGUGUACCUGUACUGGG